AUGAAUAUAAUGGAGCAUCCACGCUCCCACAAUGCCCAAGAUCCAUGCUGCCUCCUCCGCUACUCCUCCACGCCCCCGCCAUCGCACCCGUCCCGCGUCGCCAAUGAUCCGCUCCUCGACGCGUGGAAUGGCGCCAAGUCCAACGACGCUGACCAGCAGGUCAAGCUGGCGCUGACCGAGCUGCUCAACUCGGCCCCGAUCAAGACGGACCACGAGGGCCGCAUGUGGUUGCAGAAGAAGCUUAUGGAUACCGAGCAUCGGCUGAAGGCCAGGCGGCGGAGUCGUAUCUCUGGUCUCGGUUUGCAGAAGGACGGCGCACCGGUGUCCGGCUCGUCGGAUAUAUGA